AUGAACGGAAGAGCAGAGGCAGCGGAGAACUGGGGCCGAGUUGGAUUCGGGAUCUCCAGGGUGGCAGAACGGGCUCAGGGGCGGGGCGUCACAGCAGCCAGGCUCCUCAUUGGCUCGGCUGAAUCGGCAACUCCCGAUUGGCUGCCAGGGCUACACCCCCUGUCAGUCACGUGGGCUGGCUCCAAGUCUCCGGAAGUCCUACCUCCUAGCCGGAAGAAGUCCCUCCUGGUGAAUAACAUCUUUGUGGUGGCUGCGGCGAUCCUGUUUGGCUUUAGUCGCAAAGCAGGCUCCUUUGAGAUGAUCAUGCUAGGAAGACUGCUCAUAGGAGUCAAUGCAGGUGUAAGCAUGAGCAUCCAGCCCACGUAUCUGGGGGAGAGCCCCAAGGAGCUCCGGGGAGCAGUGGCUGUCACCUCAGCCGUCUUCACAGCCCUGGGGAUUGUGAUGGGGCAGGUGGUUGGACUCAGGGAGCUCCUGGGUGACCCACAGGCCUGGCCCCUGCUGCUGGCCAGCUGCCUAGUACCUGGGGUGCUCCAGCUCACAUUCCUGCCCCUGGUUCCUGAGAGUCCUCGGUACCUCCUCAUUGACCGUGGAGACACCAGUGCCUGCCUGACAGCCCUGCAACGGUUGAGGGGCACAGCAGAUGUGGCAGGAGAGCUGGAGGAGAUGGAAAAGGAGCAUGCCACCUUCCAAGGCCAACGUGCACGGCGCCCGUGGGAGCUAUUCCAGGAUCCAGCCCUGCGGAGGCAGGUGAUAAGCCUCGUGGUGCUAAGCAGUGCCAUGGAACUCUGUGGGAAUGAUUCGGUUCUAUGCUACGCCUCCUCCGUGUUCCUGGAGGCAGGAAUGCCCUACGAGAAGGUCCAGUAUGCCAUCAUUGGGACUGGUUGCUGCGAGCUCCUCACUGCCUUUGUUAGUUGUGUGGUGAUCGAGAGGGUGGGAUGGCGGGUGCUGCUGAUGGGGGGAUACUGCCUGAUGAUCUGCUGGGGAGGCAUCUUCACAGUGUCUCUGUGUCUGCAGAGCUCCUUCCCCUGGAUGCCCUACCUGGCCAUGUCCUGCAUCUUUGCCUUCAUCCUCAGCUUUGGCAUCGGCCCUGCUGGAGUGACGGGAAUUCUGGCCAUGGAGCUGUUUGACCAGAUGGCCAGGCCUGCCGCCUACGUUGUCUGUGGUGCUCUCAUGUGGACCAUGCUCUUCCUGGUCGGGCUAGGGUUCCCCUUCAUCAUGGAGGGCUUGUCCCACUUCCUCUAUGUUCCUUUCCUCUGUGUCUGUGUCUGUGGGGCCAUCUACACUGGCUUGUACCUCCCUGAGACCAAAGGCAAGACCUUCCUAGAGAUCUCUGAGGAAUUGCAUAGACUCAACUUGCCCCAGCGGACUGGAGGCCCCAAGUGGAAUAACCUGGAGAUCAUCCAAUCCACAGAGGUCUAG